CAGUCCCCGACCUCCGACCCCCAACCCCCGACCCCCGGCCCCAGCUCACUCGGCUCCAGCUCACUCGGCUCCGGCCAACGGGGCAUCUCCGACAUGACUCCGCCAGCAGAGAGAGGUCAGCGUUGGGCAUGUUUACAUCGUUGAUAUGGCGAGUCGGAGUGACUGACCUCUUUCUGCUGUGUAAAGGGAAUCUCAGUAAAGUGUGUGGUUGAGGAGCGUUGUUAAUGCGACAGACAUCGAAUGCCAAACACAAAGCUUGGUCUUCUGCUUUAACGCCUAUUACAGGUUCUUGUUACUAUUUUUCAACUGCCUGAUGACUUUUGGUUCCUAUUUCUGCUUUGACAUUCCCAGUGUGCUUCAGGAGCAGUUCCAGGGGAAUCUCACUUGUCUUAAUUCUAACGUAACUAAUGGGACAACAGAUUGUGUGGAGGGACUGGGAAUGACCCCGCAGCAGUACAACCUUCUCUAUGCUAUCUAUGCGUGGACAAAUGCUGUGGUGGUGAUACUGGCUGGUUUCUUCAUAGACAAGUUGGGAAAUCGCGUUGGUGUUCUCGUGUUCUCCUUUCUUAUUGUGCUGGGCUCGGCCACCUUUGCUUUGGGAUCUCAUUUCAAGGGGACCCGUUACCUAUUGCCUCUGAUGCUCAUCGGCCGACUUAUUUUUGGCUCAAGCAACGGGUCACUCAUGAUUGCCCAAGAUCGAAUCAUUGCGUUCUGGUUCAAAAGUAAGGAGCUGUCGUUGGCCUUUGGGCUGAAAAUGGCCUUCUCCCGUUUUGGCAGUGUUCUCAACUUUCUAUUAACCCAGUCCUUUGAGGCACACUUUGGGAUUCAGUGGACACUUUGGGGAGGAACCUUGCUGUGUGUUCUUAGCUUUGUGUCGGCCAUCAUCGUUGGCAUCCUGGACGGGAAUGGAGCAAAACAGCUGGGACUAGAUGGAGUCCUUCAGCAGGAAUCCAAGAAAGUGAGGCUGCAGGAUAUUCGCCACUUGUCUCUCCGCUACUGGUUGCUUGUUCUCACCAUCAUGUUCUUUUAUAAUGGAAUUUUUCCAUUUAUUGCAGAUGCCAGCAAGUUUGUACAGGAUAAGUAUCCGGGCUACAGUCAGCAAGAAGCCUCGUACAUCACUGGUGCUGUGUUCGAUACCUCGUUGAUUCUGUUACCCAUAGCUGGAAUCCUCAUUGAUCAUGUAGGAUUGAGAGGAGUAUUUGUCACGACGUGUGCUGUGUUGACAGUCCCGGUUUUUGCACUCUUGGCGUUUACCUUUGUACCACCACUGGUUUCUAUGAUAUGGCUGGGAGUCACCUACUCGUUUGCUGCGGCAGCUCUGUGGCCAUCAGUCGUCUUAAUCGUUCCUCUGGCAAAUCUUGGAACAGCUUCAGGAGUCACAACCUCAGUGCAAAUGAUUGGUGUUGGUGUUUGCAACCUGAUAGUUGGACAGAUCCUUGGAAGCAAAUUCAGUGAUCCGAAGAUCCCAGUGUGGCGCUGGCGGCAGGUGAUGAUCUUCAUGCUGGCCAACACCAUCUGCUGUGUGGUCGUCUCCGUCCUUCUCAAUAUAGUGGACAGCAGACAGGAUAACACGUUGAACAAAACUACCAAGCACUCUGAAGCUACGAACGAAGAAAAUGAAGAAACACCUGAGACAUCUCCUCUGCUAACAGAUCGCAGCACUUAAAAACAAAAUCAACUAAAGGAUAUCGGGAAGAACAAUGUAGCUGUAAAAUGGAAACGGGGAACUCCAGGUGGAAUCUUCCAUGGUACACAAGGCUUUGGUCAGGCAGGCAGCAGGUCUAGAAGACAUAUAGAGAUGACGUCUUGGGUCAGGACCUUUCUUCAGACUGAAUGUAAUGAGUGGGGGGGGGGGGGGGCAGAAAGCUGGAAAAGAGGAUUCCACCCUCUGCAGUUCCUUGUGCAUCCAUUUUACGGCUCCACUGCAAAAUCCCCUCAAAGCAUGCCUACUUUGAAGAAGUUCUCCUCCUCUCACUGAUGGGAGUUCUAUGAGACCUCUCUCACUGCUCCGCCUCUGUGAUUCCUGCUGCUCUCCGACCUUGUUCUGACCUAGCCUCGCGGGCGCAGCCGCAUGCGUUUCCUCAACACUUACCUGCUCCAUCAAUCAAUCAAUCAAUC